CUCCUCCAGGUGAAGCUCCUCUCUCUCUGCAGUCAUGGCUCCUCGUCCUGAGCUGGGGACAGACUUCUCCUCCUCCCUCAAUGAAGCUCCAGGUAAGGAGUCCUCCGUCCUCCCGUCUUACUCCACGGUGGAUCUAGUGUCUGAAGACAGAGAGGAGGAUCCCUGGGAUCUCCCGGAGCUCAAAGACACCGGGGUCAGGUGGUCAGAUCUGGACACUAAGGAGAGGGUCCUGAGGGUGCUGACAGGUGUGGUGAAAGGUGUGAUGCUGCUGGCCUUCCUCUACAUCUUCAUCUGCUCUCUGGACGUCCUCAGCUCAGCCUUCCAGCUCGUCGGGGGUAAAGCAGCAGGGGAUAUCUUCCAGGAUAACGUGAUCCUGUCUAACCCUGUGGCGGGGCUGGUGAUCGGGGUGUUAGUCACCGUGUUGGUGCAGAGCUCCAGCACCUCGUCCUCCAUCGUGGUCAGCAUGGUGUCCUCUGGACUGCUGGACGUGCAGUCUGCAGUGCCGAUCAUCAUGGGCGCUAACAUCGGGACGUCCGUCACCAACACCAUCGUGGCCAUGAUGCAGGCCGGAGACAGGAAUGAGUUCCGCAGGGCGUUUGCUGGAGCGACCGUGCACGACUUCUUCAACUGGCUGUCGGUUCUGGUCCUGCUGCCGCUGGAAGUGGCCACCGGCGUUCUGUACAAACUCACCAAGAUCAUCAUCAACUCCUUCAACAUCCAGUCCGGAGAGGACGCCCCCGACCUGCUGAAUGUCAUCACCGACCCGCUCACAGACUCCAUCAUUCAGCUGGAUAAAUCCGUCAUCACAGGGAUAGCCACCGGUGACCCAGCAGCCAGAAACAAGAGUCUGAUCAAAGUGUGGUGCAAGAAGGAGACCAACACGACUUUCUGGAACGUGACAGUGGAGAGCUGCAGCGCCGGAAUCGUCUGCUGGGAGGACGGAAACCUGACCUGGACCCAGAUGAACUCGUCCUGGACCGACUACCAGCAGAGAUGUAAACACAUCUUCGCCAACGUGAACCUCCCGGACCUGGUGGUGGGCCUGAUUCUGCUGGCCCUGUCCCUCUUCGUCCUCUGCUCCUGCCUCAUCCUCAUCGUCAAGCUGCUCAACUCCAUGCUGAAGGGCCAGGUGGCCGUGGUCAUCAAGAAGGUGCUCAACACAGACUUCCCAUUCCCCUUCGCCUGGGUCACUGGAUACCUCGCCAUGUUUGUGGGGGCGGGGAUGACCUUCAUCGUUCAGAGCAGCUCCGUCUUCACCUCCGCCAUAACGCCUCUAGUUGGUAUCGGAGUCAUCAGCCUGGAGAGAGCGUACCCUCUGACGCUGGGAUCCAACAUUGGCACGACCACCACGGCUAUCCUGGCUGCUAUGGCCAGCCCCGGAGAGACCCUGGAGAACUCGCUGCAGAUCGCUCUUUGCCACUUCUUCUUCAACAUCAUGGGGAUCAUGCUCUGGUACCCCAUCCCGUUCAUGCGGCUGCCCAUCCGGCUGGCCCGCGGCCUGGGGAACCACACGGCCCAGUAUCGCUGGUUCGCCGCGUUCUACCUCUUCCUCUGCUUCCUGGUCCUUCCUCUGGGCGUCUUCGGGCUCUCUCUGGCCGGCUGGCAGGUCCUGGUCGGCGUGGGCGUUCCCAUCGUGGCGCUGGUGGUCUUCGUGAUCGUCGUGAACGUGAUGCAGUCGCGCUGCAAACGCUUCCUGCCCGGGAUCCUGCGGACCUGGGAGUUCCUGCCGCGGCCGCUGCACUCCAUGGAGCCGUGGGACGCCAUGGUGACGUCACUGUCCGGGUUCUGCGGGAGGCGCUGCUGCUGCUGCUGCAAGUGCUGCAGGAGCGACCAGGAGGAAGAGGAGGAGGAGGGGAAGAGGAGGAACAGCAGGAAGAGUCUGGAGAUGUACGACAAUCACGGCAUGUCGAAAGAAGAGGACACGGUGGAUGCAGUGAAGGCCACUAACCUCUAGGGGUCCAGACCCGCUGGUUCUGAAUGUCAUCACCUAUUUUUAUAUUUUGUAUCGUGUGUUUCAGAGGUCGUCGGUUUAUUUUCUCUAACUUCAAGCAUUGAAAUUUAAAAUAUUUAAUGUAACAUUUGAGAUAUUGUUGUCAGUAUUGAAGACUUUAUGAUAUUGUAAAUUAAAAACAAAUCCUAUUUUUAAAAGCAGAGGUUCAUUCUUUUCUUCCACUUUUACACCGCCUGUAAAGAUGAACACGUUGCCUUCUUUUAACGUGUUCUCAUGUAUGUGUCAUAUAGAAAGCACACAGAUGGUUUGAGGUCAAGGUUAAUUAUUAAUAGAUGUAAUCAGAGGCAUCUUAAAUCGGAGGAUUGCUCUGAUAUCUGAUUUCCUUUGAACAGCAGUAUCUGACUUCAGACGGAAACAUCGGGCAAAGUCCGUCUGCUAUAAAAUCCAGGUAUAAUAAUGGGUUUAAUAGGUAGUGCCUGAUUACUGAUUAUGAGACAAUGGUAGUGACCAAUCUACGGAGGAGGAUUUCGGUCAUUCUCUUGGUCACAUGACCAAAAGGGAGAUAUCCAAUAUCUGACUUUUGUCUCAUAAUUUAGAUUUCUUUUU